AGACAUAAAACAAACAGCGAUAACCACAAUGAAGAAAAUACUCCUCGAGUACUUUUGUCGAGUUAUUUAUGACAGACGUGACGCUAAGCCCCACGAACGAACAGCAGCUCUACGAUAUAACUCAUUGUGAAUGUGAACGUUAGACCGCAUCAAGUCGACCCUCCAAAUAAGGGAACAAAAUGUUUGGCAACUAUAUUAACUUGUGUUGAAGUGAAUUAUUAAGGACCUGUUUAUCGAUUGCCCAGAUCUUAUCGUGGGAAGAGUCGUUUAAAAAAAACCUCAGAUUCAGAAAUCAAAGAAGCCUUCACGAUGUUGAAGGACUUACUAGAGGUCUUGGGGAAACUCACCAUUUCCAAAGGAGCCCGAGAUGAUGACGGUAUCGACCAGUUCCACCAUUUUGUUUCUGUCGCCAUAUUUGCUGCGUUGGCGGCAGCCAUUGGUAUGAAACAGUAUGUGGGCGAUCCGAUACAUUGUUGGGUGCCGGCUCAUUUUGCUGGAUCCCAUUCGGACUACGCCGAGAAUCUGUGUUGGAUUUCGCGCAUGUACAACAUCCAUAUGGACGAUCCCAUUCCAGUGAAAAUCGAAGAAAGAAUCGAGAAUGACGUUGGUUUCUAUCGAUGGGUACCGGCUAUGUUUCUCUUGAUGGCGCUGAUGUUCAAACUUCCCAACGUUCUGUGGACGGAAGUGAGAACCUAUUCGGGAAUAAACGCCCAAAAGAUCGUCAAUAUGGCGGACGAAACAACUCUCGCACCACCCGAAGAAAGGAAGAAGAUGAUCAGCGACAUAGCCCAGUUCAUUGAUCGUUGGCUUGUGUCAUACAGAAUCUAUAAAUAUAACGUAUUCAUCCGCGCGCGGCAAAAGGUGUCAGGCAUCUUUUGUUUCUGCUUUGGCAAACGUCACGGGACGUUUUUGACCGGUCUGUAUUUGUUUGUUAAAAUACUAAAUUGCAUUAACGUCAUCAGUCAAUUCUUCAUACUCUCGUCAUUUCUGGAUAUGGAUUUUGUCACGUACGGCUGGGAGGUUAUAACCCAUCUCAAUAAUCACGGCAGCUUUGAAGACUCCGACAUGUUUCCGCGAAUCGCCUUGUGCGAUUUCCAAAUACGUCAACUACAAAAUGUACAACGUCACACGCUGCAGUGCGUUCUAUCCAUUAACCUCUUUGUGGAAAAGAUGUUUGCUGUCACGUGGUUUUGGCUAUUCUUUCUAUCGAUCGGGUCCGUUUUUAAUCUUGGAAAGUGGAUCUACAAUAUUGCCUUUUCCUCCCGUAAAGAAAGAUUUAUACAAAAAUAUCUCAGCAUGCUACAGAUGGAUAUUGGUGAUCACGAGAAGAAAAUAUUAAAUGAAUUUAUUAAUGAUUACUUGCGUGACGACGGCUGCUUUUUGUUGCGUACAGUCUGCAAUAACACCAGUGGAGUUUUGACCUAUGACCUUUUGAAGGAAUUGUGGGGAGUUUUCAAGGAACAGCAUGAGAAGAAGAACGAAAACGAUUCGUAGAUGCCCGGUCAUGCGCGUUGGAUUGUCUCUUAAUAUUCUAUAAAAAUUGAUAAACGAAACGAACUUUUUGUAAAUGUGUCGUCAAUUGAAUCUACUUUCCUUUCAUCAAAUUGUUACGUCAUUGCGCGUGGUCAAAGUGAAUGUGCAGUCGAUACUUCGGUAAACAGACGUUUGUAACUACAAUAAGACAGGCUGGUUUGAUUCAGUGGCAUAGAUUGUUCAUAUCGAGUAGGACAAAAUGGCCACACGACACGGAUUUAUCGCGACAACGAAGUAACUUUAUAAAACUUGUUUAUUGAUUAAUAACCACUGGGCCUCCAUAAUCUGACUAUGUUUUAUAUAGUUAGAUCAUUAUGUAAUAUAAUAUAUUGACCAGAAAAUUGACCAUGUUUAUCUUUAAAAAUAUCGGAUCGCUUAUCCCUUGCAAACUUCACUGUUGUGAACAUUGAAUCUCUAAAAGAACUAUCGGACCAAAUAUAAUUCAGUUCUGUUCAAUAUUGACAAAGAUAUGAUGAUUGGAAAAUUUGUCAACACCCAACACCAGCCGAGAAAAAGAAAAUAUAUAGUCAACACGAACCACCAGUGCCAUUCCGAUUGUAUACAUCGUUUAUUUUGUAUUUUUAAUUGUAUGUUAAACUAGCGACUGACCCGGCUGUAACAUGUGUAUAGUCAUGAACCGAAGUACCAUAACUCCAAAACCGGAAGGGGUAGUCCAUGGCAACCAGGCCUAUGUUACUCCCUGGACCGAGCUACCCCAUUACACCAGCGGCUGACUCGGCGUAGGCCGUGUAUAGCCAUGAACCGGAAGUAGCAUAACUCCGACACCGGAAGUGGUAGUCCAUUGCAACCAGGGGUAUGUUACUCCCCGGACCGAGCUACCCAUUAAACCAAGUUUCAGCCUCGAGACAAACAAACAAACGACAGUCGCACAUAGUUUAGAGAACCAUUUUAGCCUGGGUUAAUUCGUGAGGAAUUUCCACAAAAUGCAAAUGGAAAUCAACGAUUUAAAUAUGGAUAAUUCACGUGGUGGGGGCGUGCGCGUGAGUUUGAUAUUUGUGAUGUAUAUUUUGUUGAUCCUGUGUAGAAUGCCGGAACUUUAAUUGUUUUGUAUAAGGCUAAAUCUAUUUGUUAAGGCCGGCUCAACUUUCGCCCAGGUCGGUGAGAUGUAAAUAAGGUUAGGGCAUGUGGUUGUUGGCGAGAUUGUAGUUAGGGUAAGCAUUUGGGAUACGUACCAGGGUUAGGGUGAGAUUAGCCCUGUUUAUAUCUCGUAACCUUUGACCAAACUUGAAGUUUGUAUAGAUCGUUCAACUGUGUGAAUUUAGAUUAGAAGCGGGGAUAUCUCUAGAAUGUAAGUUUUUAAAACAGUCGGGGUUGGGGGGUAAUCUGUGGUACUAGACAACAAGAAAUAGACAGGGUGAGCGAGAGAAAGAAAUGGGGUUUAACGUCCACACGACACACACUUGGUCAUUUCGGGACUAACGUGGUUCAAACUAGGUCAUUUCGGGACAAAUAUGGUUCAAUUUAAUUUCAAAAAUUAGACAUGCGCCUCUACUCAUUGUCUUGGGCCAGUUGGGACUCGAAAUCAUACUGCUUGACUCACCCAACUCCCGAUUGACAAAAAAAAAAAUAGCGAGUAGUUAAUAGUGCAAUAUUAUUUAUAUUUAAGAGAUUUAAAACAUCUCAGCAGAUAUUAAAAUAAUACUUUUAGUGUAUUAUCCUAUCAAGUUGAAUACAGGGGUGAAUCGGGUUGUGGGUGGUAAUAAGGGACCACAGCCCCGCCCUCCCUACCCCUGUACAGAAUUCGUGUGGUGUUUUUAAUCUACAAUUAACGAUGUGAAUAAAUAACGAAAAAUCUACUGAAUAUUUAUUAAUAAGAAUGGCAAAUAGCCAGCCGGUGAACUUUUUACCCUCGAUAUGCUGGAGGGUACAGGAAAUAUGGUGUGCCUUUUGUGAGUUUCCCCGUUGGAUCCCCGAAUGAGAAACAUAAAUUGAUAGUGAUGAACAAUAGCACGAAGAAAUAGCCGAUGUACAUCUUGUAUAAUAUAUCUAUAUUAACCAAUGAAUACAAAUGUAUAAACUGUUGUUUAUAUUAUACACUGCUGUUUAUAUUAUAUACACACUUGUUUAUAUUAUAUACACAGUUGUGUAUAUUAUAUACACAAUUGUGUAUAUUAUAUACAUAGUUGUUUAUAUUAUAUACACAGUUGUUUAUAGUAUAUACACAGUUGUUUAUAGUAUAUACAAUGUUGCUUAUAUUAUACACACAGUUGUUUAUAUUAUACACACCGUUAUUUAUAUUAUAUACAAUGUUGUUUAUAUUAUACACACCGUUGUUUAUACUAUAUACACAGUUGCUUAUAUUUUAUAAACAGUUGCUUAUAUUUUAUACUAUAUUAUUAUAAUGUUAAACUACAGAGUAAUAAUCAUAUUAUAUAGAUAUAUUUAUAUUAUAUUCUAUUUUAUAUAACAAUGGGUCAGUAAAUACCGCAUAAAUAAAUUCUAUUUUUAUAUAAAAUUAACUUUUAUUGUCGACAUUUGGCACCAAUUUCGCUGUCUUCCAUUUUUAACAUAUCCUGUAUUUUAUAUUGCCGUUAAAUCAAAACGAAAACGUUGCUAAAUAAACACAGAAACAUUUUUUGGCUUAUUAUGAUUAUUGAUUAUUAAUUAUCCAUGCGGUGCUAAUGUAAAUAAUAUAAAUUGUUUUUUUUUUAUCUUAGACUUAAUUGUUUAUAUGGAGCUUGUUAUUGUAUAAGCGGUGAUAAUAUAAAUACUGGAACGUUUUAUAUCUUAGAAUUAUUGUUUAUAUGGUGCUAAUAUAAAUACUGAAACGUUUGAAGUCAUAAACAUCCACAAAUGAUUAUUGUGCCUGCAUUUGUACUGCUAGAUUUUCCACAUUUCAUAUCAUCUAUAAGUGUUUCAUUGACAGAAACAAUGUACAUGUAAAACGUU